CAGGUGCCGCCCGACGGCGCCGCGCCCCGCCGAGAGGCCUGGGCCAAGCGCCUGGCGCGGCGGCUGCGAGGUCUGUGGGGGACAAGACUCAUGGAAGAAAGCAACACCAGCAGAGAACGAUAUCUAAAAAGUGUUUUGCGGGAGUUGGUUACGUACAUGAUUUUCCUUGUGGUCUUGUGUGUCCUGACUUAUGGGACAGUGAGUUCCAGUAUGUACUAUUACACCAGGGUUAUGUCGCAGCUCUUCCUGGAAACACCUGUAUCAAAAAUGGAGAAAACUGAUUUCAAAACUUUGUCCACAAUGGAUGACUUCUGGAAGUUCACAGAAGGCCCUUUGCUGGAUGGUCUUUACUGGGAGAUGUGGUACAACAACAAAACCAUGGCAGAAAACAAAAGCUUCAUUUAUUAUGAGAACUUGCUCCUAGGGGUGCCUCGCAUUCGACAGCUGAAAGUGAGAAAUGGUUCGUGCUCAAUACCUGAAGAUUUAAAGGAUGAAAUCAAAGAUUGCUAUGAUGUCUAUUCUGUAGCUAAUGAAGAUACUGCUCCUUUUGGACUUCGAAAUGGAACAGCUUGGACAUACACCAAUGAGAGAGACUUGAAUGGGAGCAGCCAUUGGGGCUUGAUUGCCACAUACAGUGGGGCUGGUUAUUACCAAGACCUUUCAAGGACCAGAGAAGUGACAGCUGUGCAGAUUGCUAGCCUUAAGAAGAACCUGUGGCUGGACAGAGGGACCAGAGCAGCUUUCAUUGAUUUCUCCGUAUACAAUGCAAAUAUCAACCUAUUCUGCGUUGUCAGGCUGUUAGUGGAGUUUCCAGCAACUGGAGGCCUUGUUACGUCUUGGCAGUUUCAGCCAGUGAGGCUGAUUCAGUACAUCUCCACAUUUGAUUUUUUCCUGGUAGCCUGUGAAAUGGCAUUUUGUCUUUUUGUUCUUUAUUAUAUGGUGGAAGAGAUCUUAGAAAUCCACAUUCAUAGAUUGCACUACUUCAGAAGUCUCUGGAAUUGCCUUGAUAUCCUUAUCAUUGUGCUCUCUGUGGUAGCUAUAGGAAUUAGCAUCUAUAGGACAUCAACUGUUGAUAUGCUGCUGAAGAAGCUGCUGGAAGAUCAGAACUCGUUCCCCAAUUUUGAGCCUUUGGCAUAUUGGCAAAUGCAAUUCAACAACAUUGCUGCAGUCACUGUGUUUUUUGUCUGGAUUAAGCUUUUCAAAUUUGUUAACUUCAACAGAACAAUGAGUCAGUUAUCCACUACCAUGUCUCGCUGCGUCAAAGAUGUCAUUGGCUUUGCUAUUAUGUUUUUUAUUAUUUUCUUAGCAUAUGCUCAGUUGGCCUAUCUUGUCUUUGGCACUCAAAUCGAUGACUUCAGCACUUUCCAGGACUGCAUAUUUACUCAGUUCCGCAUCAUUUUGGGAGACUUCAACUUCACAGAGGUUGAAGAAGCUAAUCGAAUUUUGGGACCAAUUUAUUUCACUACAUUUGUGUUCUUUAUGUUCUUCAUUCUUUUGAACAUGUUUUUGGCCAUUAUCAAUGAUACAUACUCUGAAGUCAAAUCGGAUAUGGCACAACAGAAGGCAGAAAUGGAACUGUCUGACCUUAUCAGAAAGGGCUACAACAAAGCCAUGAUCAAACUUAAACUGAAGAAAACUACUGUUGAUGACAUUUCAGAAAGUCUGAGACAAGGUGGAGGAAAACUAAAUUUUGAUGAACUCCGGCAAGAUCUAAAAGGGAAGGGGCACACGGAUGCAGAGAUUGAAGCAAUAUUUACCAAAUAUGACCAGGAUGGGGACCAGGAAUUGACAGAGCAUGAACAUCAGCAGAUGAGGGAUGACUUGGAGAAAGAGAGGGAGGAUCUGGACCUGGAUAGGAGCUCUCUGCCACGUCCUCUGAGCAGCCGCAGCUUCCCCCGGAGCUUGGACGACUCUGAGGAGGAUGAGGAUGAAGACAGCGGACACAGCUCCAGAAGGAGGGGCAGCAGCUCUAGUGGGGUUUCCUAUGAAGAGUUCCAAGUACUCAUGAGGCGGGUUGAUCGCAUGGAGCAUUCUAUUGGCAGUAUUGUCUCCAAGAUCGAUGCAGUUAUUGUGAAGCUCGAAGCAAUGGAGAGAGCCAAACUAAAAAGGAGAGAUGUGUUGGGAAGACUGUUAGAUGGAGUGACAGAGGAUGAAAGGCUGGGUCGUGACAAUGAAAUCCACAGGGAACAAAUGGAGCGACUUGUACGAGAGGAGUUGGAGCGAUGGGAAUCGGAUGAUACGGCAUCCCAAAUGAGCCAUCGGUUGGGAACACCACUUGGACUGAAUGGCCAGCCUCGGUCGAGGAACUCUCGGCCAUCUUCCUCCCAGUCAGAUGGUAUUGAUGGGGGAGGAGGAAAUGGGGGCAAUAACAUGCAUGUGUAGGAUUAACUUUGUAGGUGAUUCUAAAUGUUUCAGGUCAGUAUUAAGCCGGCAAAUAUGCUCCUUCACUGUUUCCCAGCAUGAGGUGAUCAUCCUGAUCAAACCACUAAGGAUAAUUUUCACUGGUGGGCAAAAGUAAAUAUUGUCUUCAUAAGGCAUUUUCAGACCUAUGUAAGCCAUUUGUCACAUUCAAGUUACCAACAGUGAGACUGUCAGCCUUGGAAAUGAAAAUGGAGGAGACAGAAUGGAAACCAGGUGUGACAAAAUCUACCUAGACAGAAUUUUGGUUCCAUACAUGUAUUAUGGGGAAUACUUUCAUGAGGGCAGCAAGCUUCAGACAAAAUGAUGCUCUCUGGCUAAAACACUCAAACGAAAGGCUGUGUGUUUUCUGCUUUCUAGUAGAAAACAGGAUUUUUAAAUGCCUUUUUAAAGCAGUUUUUAAAAGGAGAUGGCAUCAGUUUAUUGUUUCAUUCAUUAUAACAGCCAACACUUUUCAAAGAAAUAAAACAGCACUUUUUUUAAAAUUUUGAGUUUCUACCUAUUUUUCUGAGUUAUUCUUGGUGUACGAACAUUUUGAUUAA